AUGGAUUCCCUACGCCCGGUACGACACAUCAUCAUCAUUGGUGCGGGCAUCGGGGGCCUCGCCUGCGCACUCGCCCUGUCCCGAGAACUCACACCCUUUGUGCCCGACCUGAAAAUUACGGUAUACGAACGACAUGAUAUACUGUCCACAUCAGGCGGUGCCAUCAACUUGACACCCGUGGCACAACGGCACCUUGCGCAGCUUGGGGUUUUGGAUGAACUGAACCGAAUGGGGCCCGAAGGCGGAGCGGAGGUGGAUGCAAUCGAGCUCUAUUCUAUGCGUUCCGGUCGCUCAAUUGGCUCGAUUGACUUUGUCGACCACCGGGGCAAUGGUUAUGGGGGAUUCAAGGGUCGACGUGUGAUGCGCAUCGUGUUGUCGAUGGCAAUGAUGACCAUCGUGGAGCGGUCACCCACCGUCGACAUUGUUUUCGGCAAAAAAGUUGUCAACGGAGAGGAAAUAAACAACAAAGCCGUGGUACAUUUUGAAGAUGGCACCAAAGCUAUUGGUGACCUCGUUGUCGGCUGCGACGGCGUUCACUCAGUAGUUCGCAGCCGAUGGGUUGAUCCCGACACUCCUUCUCAAUAUACGGGGAUGUCAUUCCUGCAAGCCAAUAUACCGUCCGAGGAUAUCUCGUCUCCUAUUCACUUCCGCUCGUCUGCAUUAAAUGUUUCCAGGCAUGGGUCAAUGUUGACAAGUUUCUGCGAUAGUGAUUGCAAACAGAUCUUUGCCGCCGCAGUCGUUCAGUUCAGUCAGGAGGACCUGAACUUCUAUCGGCUUGAAGCCGGACAGGACUGGGCAACGCAACAUCAAAUCAGGGCCGCUCUACGUAAUGAAAUGCGAGAUCGCUUUGGAAAAUGCGCGAUGCCUUGUAUUCGAGAGAUGGUGAAUAGCAAGGCUGAUUGGAUGCUUUACCCCGUCUAUCAAGUCCGACCCGGAGGACCCUGGUGCACUGACCGCGUCAUCUUGCUAGGCGAUGCAGCUCAUGCAAUGCCCCCACGAGACGAGUCCGCCGCAUACGCCCUGGAUGACGCAAUUAUCUUUGCUCGAAUCCUAGCCAAACAUCGGUCGGAGCCGCUGACCGAAGUCUUUGACACAUAUGAGCGUCUUCGUCGGGAUAAAAUCAACUAUGCAUUCAGGGAGUCUCACCGGAUGUGGGACCGAAACCGGGACAUGGGUAUACUGGAAGGCCGGCUCAAGGAGUGGAUGAUGCCCCUUUAUCUCCGCAGUUAUCGAGAUCAGCGAGAGGCUGCAUGGGAGUUUGAUGCAAGCAAAAUCACCAUCCCAUCUCCUGCGCCUAGUGAAGACUUGGUAUCUUUGCAUUCGUUUCUGAAAGAACAAACUCUGUAA